AAUUAAUUAAUUAAUCAAGUAUUGAUCACUAACUAAUUGUGCCUGUGUCUGCAUUAUUCAUACUCACACUUUACCAAUUGUGCCAUGUUUGUGCGUGUGUGUAUAUGUAGAGAGUUCAUCACGUUCACGCUAAAUUCCGAUUCCAACUUCAGACGUAUGCACGGAUGUUGUUCGUGUGUGUGUGUGUGAAGCAGAAGAAGAAGCUAUUGUUUAAACAAAACUCACUACCAGCUUUUGCGGCGAUACACUCGCCUCAAUUAUAAUAGUCUGUUGUAGUUUUACAAAGUCAAAGCCAAAGCCCUGAUUCUGAUCCUGAACACAACUGCAAUUCCCUACAAUUCCAUGUGGUCGUCUGUGCACGCAUAACUUCGGGGCUGUCGCUGUAGGUGUAGGUGAGCCCAGAAUGCUGUCGACCACAACGCCAGGCACAGUCAGCGGCACCACCGGCAGCCAGCAGCAAAACGCUGAUGUGGGCGCAACCAUGUCAAGCAAUGCGGCAGCGGCCCUUGGCUCUUCACCCACGGGCAGCAGCAGUGGUCUCAAAACGGUAAAGGGCGAGCCCUACUCGACCCUCUCGCCAGAAAACGCAAGCAAUCAAACAAUGUCGGACGAUGCAAGCGCUGGCACCAGCGUUGGUGGCGGCAGCGGCAAUAAAAACGGCGCCAGUCACAACAAUGGCGGAAGUGGAAGUGGCAGCGGUAGCAACAAUGCCAGCAAUGCCAGCGGUGCCUCUGCUGAAGGUGUUCCGUCCGCCACGGGCAGCACACCCAACAUGCUGCGACAAAACUCCAGCGGGAGCAUCAAUUCCUGCCUCGCUGGCUCACCGAACAACACAAGCGAUCACUCCAAUAGCAGCAAUGUCUCGGCCAGCAUUGCUCAAAUUGUCGAGGGAGGAGGUACGUCCAGCUGUGACUUGCUGCAGGAUGAUAAGAAAAAGAAAAUCAACAUAAAAGAGGAGGAUGGUGGCAAAUCGCAGCCGGGUAUCUCAACAGACAAAAGUAACAGCAGCAGCAGCAGUAGCGGCGGUAACGGUGGUAGUGGAAGUGGUGCCGGGGGCAAUGGUGGUAGCAAUGUGAAAGGCGCAGUUGCCGGCACGCUAGCCAAUGUGACCGUCAAGGAAGAGCCCACAGACAUACUUGGCAGCUUCGUGAAUUUAAAGAAAGAGGAAAAUCUUUCACCAAACAUGUCACCGGUGGGCUUUGGAUCUAUUGGUGGCCCACCAGGCAGUGUCCAGGAUCGAUCCGUUACCCCUGUCAAAAUGGAGCUGAAUCCUAACAAUGGCGGUGGUGGCGGCAGUGGGACACACAACAAUAAUAACAACAACAAUACUGAAAAGACAUCAUCCGCCUUGGAUGAUAUUGCCGGCUGCAAUCCUUUGAGCGCCGAUAACAUCAACGAAUCGUCAAACAGUGGACCAGGCAGUGGAACGGGGGGAGCUGGUGGUGGACCUGGUAGCACUGUCAGCGGCGGUCCAGCUGGUAGUGGUGGUGGCGGCGGCGGAGUCGGCCCAGGAGGUAUUGGCAUUGGGGGUCUUAAUGUGCCACCAGUUGGCGGAAAUUUCAUUGGCGGCAAUGCCGGUGGUCCUUUGGGCAACUGCCUGGAUUAUAUGCAACAGCAAAAUCAUAUCUUCGUGUUCUCCACGCAAUUGGCCAACAAGGGCGCCGAGUCUGUACUAAGCGGCCAGUUUCAGACCAUUAUUGCCUAUCAUUGCACUCAGCCGGCAACAAAAAGUUUUCUUGAAGAUUUCUUUAUGAAGAAUCCAAUGAAAAUGAACAAACUGCAGCGACAGAACUCGCUUGGUAUUUGCAAUAUGCCCGGAAGUGGCGGUCAGCCUUGGAUGCCGGGAGGUGGCGGCGCGGGAGGAGGAGGACCCAGUGUGGUAUCAAAAAUGUUGCAACAGCAGCCGCAGCAGCAAAAACAAGGUGGACCCAAGGCUCACUUCAACCAAGCCGAAAAUAGUAACAAGGCAACGGGAUUGCGAGGCGCCAUGCCCGGCAAUUUCGGCGGCGACAAUUCUGAUUCUUUGGUCAAUGAGAGCGAACUUAUGUGUUGGGAGACUGGCAGUCGAAACAAUAUGGAGGGGAACCCAACUGAAUCGCAGGCCUUGAAGCUGCUGGAGGGCGGUGUCGACAGCAUUGUAGGCGGCCUGGGCAAGUGCGGCGAUCUGAGUAAUGAGAGCAACAUCAUAUCUCUCCAGGGCGUCAAGGUGCCCGAUGAGAAUCUAACACCACAACAGCGGCAGCAUCGAGAGGAGCAAUUGGCGAAAAUCAAAAAGAUGAAUCAGUUUCUGUUUCCGGAGAACGACAGUGGCGGUCAAAUGCCCGGUGCUGGCAAUCAGCUCGGCAAAUUGACUAACGAGCAGGCUAUGGCCGGUAAUUUGCCACCAAACAUGAUCAUGAGCAUGGGAGGCGGAGGUCCCGGCGGACCUGGACCCACAAUGGUUAACCCCGCCUUGAAUCCGCAAAUGCGUCAGAUGCAGUCGAAUCUAUUGGCUCAGAAUUCACAGAAGUCUGAACAUGUGCCGGCAACGUUGGGCGAAGAUGUCCUCCUGCCGGGCGAUGUCAUGUCCGAUAUGGGACCCGGUAUGCCCUGCAAUAGUGGCCCUAAAUCGGGAUGCGGCGGUGGUCCUGUCAAUGCUCCCGGCGGCCUGCAGUGCGGACCUGGCGGCGUAAUGAACGUUAAUGUCGCCAACAUCGUCGGCAACAACAUUCAGUGUCCCGGUGGCGGUGGACCUGGCGGCAAUCUAAUGACGAACUCGCCAGAAAUCAUGGGCGCCUUUGGUAGCACAAAUUGUGGCGUCAUUGGUGGUGGUGGUCCCGGUGGCGAUAUGAACAAAAACGUGCCCAAUCCGGACGGUAUGCCGCAGGUGGGCAUGGCUCAAAUGGAAUGGUCUAAGAUCCAGCAUCAAUUCUUCGAGGAACGCUUAAAAGGCAACAAGCCGGGUGGCUGUCGACCCUCAGGAAUGGCUGGUCCGGGCUCUGGCGGGGCUGUACCACCACCGCCAAUGGGCGGAGGUCCUGCAAAUCAGCAACAGCAAUCCUUGCGCAAUAAUGUACAGGGACCACCGCCACCCUACCAUCCCACCCAGCGUUCGGCAUCAGUGCCGAUUGCUACCCAAUCGCCGAACCCCUCCAGUCCCAACAAUUUAUCGCUGCCAUCACCACGCACCACCGGCGGCGCUCUGGGCAUACCAUCGAACUCACCCAGCAUGGAGGCCACAGCAACGAACACAUCUGCGGCCGGCAACACAGCGACAAGCGCGGCAGGCGCUAUGAAUGCUCUAGCGGCAUCCAAAAACUGUUUCCAAUCUGAUGCCGGCUCGCCCUCCAAUCGACAGCGUAGCGGCGGCGGCGCUGGUCCUGGCGCAGGAAACACGGGGAAUGUCAUGAAUCACCUAAACAGCAAUCCCAGCACACCACUUUCGCAUUUGUCGCCCAAGGAAUUGGACUCCUUCAGUCAGGCUUCGAGUGCUGGUGAUAUGAAGGGCACGCGACCGAGUCCACAGCGACCACGUUCACCGGGCAAUACAGGAAGUCAUCUCAUUGAGCCCAACAAUAUGGAGCCCCGUUUUCCGGCCUCCAGUCCCGGCCUAAACUUCAAUACCCACAUGCAAAGCAAUACAAACACUGCCAUGAAUGCCUAUAAGGGACCCGGCUCUAACAAUGCGCUGGAGCGUCAGAAUUCAGGUCCCGGCGGACCCGUACAAUUCGCUCGUCGCUCCGACAACAUGCCAUUGAAUCCGAACAGCAGCAAUCGCCCGCCUCAGAAUAAAAUGGCACAGAACUUCGAUCCGAUAUCGUCGCUGGCGCAAAUGUCGCAGCAGUUGACGAGCUGUGUGUCUGGCGUGGGAAGUCCCGCCGGCGGGAUGAACAUGAUGGGUCCUGGGGACAUGAACAUUGGCCAGGGCGUUGAGCAUGGCAUGAUGGCGGGUAUUGACGGUGGCAGCAUGGAGCACAUGAAUCAUGGAGGAGUGGGUGCUGGCUCCAACAGCUGUCAUCCGAUAAAUCCACUCAUGAACUCCAUGGGACAACGAAUGCUCAACCCCAAGAUGUGUGGUGCUGGCGGUGGCUUUAAUGCGGCUGCCAAUGGGGUUAUACGCGACGGACCCGGUGGUCCCAAUCCCAAUUUUCAUGGCAUUAUGCCGCCAGCACGUAUGAUGAGUCGCAUGCCCGUCAACUUUGGGCCCAAUUUCAAUCCAAACAUCCAGGUGAAGGCGAGCACACCAAACACCAUACAAUACAUGCCAGUGCGGCCCCAGAAUAACAACAAUGGCAGCAAUGUUCGUAUGCCACCCAGUCUGGAGUUCUUGCAGCGCUACGCCAAUCCACAAAUGGCCGGCGGCGGUGGUCCACCUAUGGGCAAUGAUCUGGGUAUGAUGGUCGGCGUCGGACCCAUCAACAUGAACUCGCCCAGUGAGCAGCAGCUGAAGAUGGCCAACCAACCGGGCGGCAUGCCAAACAAUGCGGGCGGCAAUGGCAAUGGGAUGAACUUCUUUCAGAACUGCAAUCAACUGCCUGGCCUGGACGAUGAAGGCGGUCUGAUGCCCGGCCAUGAUGGCUUGGGGAUCGGACAGCCGCCCAUGAUACGUGGCAUGCGUCCGCAUGGUAUGCGCGGGUUGGGGGCGCGCCUUCAGGCGCCUGGAGGCAACAUUGUUAAUCGACAGCAGCCCCAGUUUCCGGGCACGCCAGAUGGCCUAGACUGCAACGAUCCCACUGCCAUGUUCAACAAUGCAGGCGGACCUUGCAAUAGUGUCGGUCCCAUGUUUCCCGCGUCACAACAACAGCAGCAACAGCAAGCGCAACAGAAGCCGCAACACCUGAAGGGCAUGCCCGCGGGCAUGUGUCAGAAUGCGCCCGGCGGAGGUGGCGUUGGCGGCAAUGUUGUUCUUCCAGGCAAUAGUCCAGCAACUGGCGGCCCCGUCAUGCUGCCCGGCGACAUGGGCCAGUCAGUUAUGGGACCGAAUAACAACAAUGUCAUGGCUGGUGUGGGCAACAGUGGAGGUGUCGGCGGAGGCGUGGGGGUUGGCAACAAUGCCAAUCCGAACUAUAAGCCCUUUGUUGGACCCUCAUCCAACGACCUGAAGUAUGCUCAACAAUACCACAGCUUCCAGCAGCAGCUUUAUGCGACAAACACCAGGAGCCAGCAGCAACAGCAGGGCGCUGGAAAUAUGAACGCCAUGCCGCCCAACCUAUCGCCCAAUCCAGCUUUCUUCGUUAACAAAUAAGCAUCGCCUUGGCCUGCACAAAGUAGCGCAAUAGAUCAGAUCAACGCAUCGAAAACAUCUAGCAUUAGGGCUGUCUCUCCGAAUAAGAUUUGUAAUUAGCUUAUUAGAUGUGUUUCCUUUCCUUUAUUGUUCUACUAUAUAUAUAUAUAUACUUCUAUAUUUUUUUUUGUUUGUUUGUUUUUCACUGAAGGACACAUGCUAUUCCAAUAUAUAUCACGUCAUCACUCCCGAUAGAUAAUCAGAUGGAUCUUAAAAUACAAUUUAUUACGCAAUGGCAACUUGACAUAGAGAACGAAAAUCGAAAGCUGACUGCCGAUCACGGGCUAUGUAUAAAUAAUUGAUAUCCCCAUAAGUUUUAUAGUUGCAGCUCUAUAUCCUGUAAUCUGUACGCUGUACUCUGUAUUAAAUGCAAUUAAGCAAGUGUAUGUAAAAUAAUACCUACUUAUAUACUAUUCUAUUCAAUGUUAAGGCGAAUGUACACGAAUGUAAAUUCUUCCAUUAAAC